AUGGCCUUCAUAUGCAACAUGUGUAGAGAUGUACAGAGCUUUCCUUUUCCUGAUGGGAAAUACACGCUUCCAACAAAGUGUCCUGUGCCAGAAUGCCGUGGACGUUCAUUCACACCAGACCGAGGUUCUCCGCUGACGGUGACUGUGGACUGGCAGACUAUCAAAGUCCAGGAGCUGAUGUCGGAUGAUCAGAGGGAAGCCGGGAGAAUUCCAAGGACAGUUGAAUGUGAACUGAUCCAGGAUUUAGUGGAUAGUUGUGUUCCUGGAGAUAUGGUGACCAUCACAGGGGUUGUUAAAGUGUCUAAUGUCAAAGAUGGAGGGUUUAAAAAUAAAAACAAUAAAUGCAUGUUCCUGCUGUACAUCGAGGCAAAUUCAGUCAGUAACAGCAAAGGCCAAAAAGCUAAAGACACAGAGGAGAGCAGUAGACAUGGGGCAGCUAUGGAUUUUUCUCUGAAAGACCUGUAUGCUAUUCAAGAGAUCCAAGCACAGGAGAGUCUCUUCAAAUUAAUAGUCAACUCUGUCUUUGCCCCAUGAUAAAUGGACAUGAGGUUGUUAAAGCUGGGUUAUCACUUGCUCUAUUUGGAGGCUGUCAAAAAUAUGUGGAUGAUAAAAACAGAAUUCCCAUUCGUGGAGAUCCUCACAUACUUGUGGUUGGAGAUCCUGGACUGGGAAAAAGUCAGAUGUUACAGGCAGUUUGUAAUGUGGCCCCUCGUGGCAUCUAUGUUUGUGGAAACACGACUACAACGGCUGGAUUGACAGUAACCCUAUCCAGGGACAGUGCAACAGGAGAUUUUGCCUUGGAAGCUGGAGCUCUUGUUUUGGGAGACCAAGGUAUAUGUGGAAUUGAUGAAUUUGACAAGAUGGGUAAUCAGCAUCAGGCUCUACUAGAAGCUAUGGAACAACAGAGUAUUAGUCUUGCCAAGGCUGGGAUAGUGUGCACCUUACCUGCCAGGACAUCCAUCAUUGCUGCUGCUAACCCAGUGGGUGGGCACUACAACAAAGGCAAAACUGUCUCUGAAAAUUUGAAAAUGGGAAGUGCUUUGCUAUCAAGAUUUGACCUGGUGUUUAUCCUGCUGGAUACCCCAAAUGUAGACCAUGAUCACUUACUUUCAGAACAUGUGAUGGCGAUGAGGGCAGGGUCAAAGGAGACUUUACGUGGUGCAACGGUAACCCGUACAGACACUCAGGAUUCCUCUGUGCUGGAGGUGCCCUCCGAGAGGCCGUUAAAGGAAAGAUUAAAGGGUCGGCCAGGGGAAUAUUUUGAUCCUAUUCCACACCAGCUUUUAAGAAAGUACAUUGGCUAUGCUCGACAGUAUGUACAUCCAAAGCUGUCCCUGGAUGCAGCUCAUGUCCUCCAAGACUUCUACCUGGAGCUUAGAAAACAGAACCAAGGCAUUGACAGCACUCCGAUUACAACCAGACAACUUGAGUCAUUAAUCCGACUAACAGAGGCUCGAGCCAGGCUGGAGCUGAGGGAAGAGGCCAUCAAAGAAGAUGCU